CCAGAGAAUCUCCCGCAACCUAGGCUCGCACUGUUCCAAUCCCCCUUCUCAAGGUUCAAUUAAUUAAGCUUGAAAUUGAAGAUGUCAUCAUCCUCGUCUUCUCUGCAAGUUGGUUCGGAGCCCAGCAAGUCAGAUCCCGAUAAGAAAAGGCACCGGAGUGAGGCUUGGAGUCAAGAAGACGAUGAAGAGAUUGUUCCUCCACACCAGAAAGAUCAAGUUAAAAGUAUAAGAAGUUCGGCUGCUGCUGAUGAUGAUGAUGAUGAUGCAGCAGCUGCUAAAGUUGAUGAUGAUGAACAAGUGCAGCAAUUCAAUUCGGAGCUAUUUGAGAAGCUCCAAGAGGAUAGAAAAGCACUACCCAUUUACAGAUUUCGUGAAGCAUUGCUCGACUAUGUUGAAGAGAAUCAGGUUGUUAUUAUUUAUGGUCCAACUGGGUGUGGAAAAACCACACAGAUACCCCAAUAUCUACACGAGGCCGGAUAUAGCAAAAAAGGGAAGAUUGGGUGCACACAGCCACAUGGAGUUGUUGCUAUGAGUGCUGCUUCCAGAGUUUCUAAAGAAGUGGGUGUCAAGCUCGGGCAUGAGGUAGGGUAUUCCAUUCCUUCUGAGGAUUGCACAUCUGAAAAGACUGUUUUGAGAUAUAUGACAGAUGAAAUGUUGUUGCAUGAACUCUAUGGUGAACCAGAUUUGAUAAGCUAUAGUGUGUUGGUGGUGGAUGGGGCCGAUGAGAGAACCCUCUCAACUGAUAUCCUACUUGGAUUGUUAAAGGAUAUUCUUCGAUUUAGAACCAAACUUAAGAUAGUCAUCUCCAUCCGAACUACUGAUCAUGCUGAUAAGUUAAGUGGUUAUUUCAAUAAAGCUCCCAUUCUCAAAAUCCUAUUAACAAGGCGGAUGAGUUAUGGUCACACCAAAAUUGAAUACAUGAACGCACCAAUAGUAGAUUACUUGGAUGUAGCAAUAGGCACUGCACUUCAAAUCCAUGCAACAGAACCAACCGGGGGAGAUAUUUUGGUCUUACUCACCGAUCAUGAAGAGAUCGAAACAGCAGAAGAAGAAUUGAAGCUAAAAGCAGUUGGCUUGGCUGAAGAGCUGAUUAUCUGCCCCGUACAUGAAAACCUGCCUGCUGAGCUUCAAGCAAAAGUUUUUGAUCCCACACCUCAAGGAGCCAGGAAGGUUUUCCUUGCCACAGUGGCUAUCAAUGGGGCCAAAUAUGUCAUUGACCCUGGGUUUUGCAAGAGGAAGUGUUAUAAUCCAAGAACUGGUAUAGAGUUAAUGCAAGUCGCUCACAUCUCAAAGGCAACUGCAUUACAAAGGAUGCUGGUAAGUGAAAGGGGAAGUCAAACGGCCCCUGCCAAGUGCUUCUGUUUAUAUACUGAUCGUAAUUAUGACAAAGAUUUUGAUAAAAUCACAGUGCCAGAAGUACAACGGACUAACCUUGCAAAUGCUGUUCUUAGGCUUCUACAUCUUGGGGUUAAUUUAUCACAGUUUGAGUUUAUUGACCCUCCGCCUGCUGAAGCAUUGACAAAAGCCUUACGAGUGUUAUUUAUACUAGGUGCUGUAAAUACUGAGGGUGAGCUUUCUAGGGUUGGUGCACAGAUGGCGGAAAUCCCUUUGGAUCAUAUGCUGUCUAGGGCGGUAGUUGCUUCAAUUGAGUACAAAUGCUCAGCUGAGGUGAUUUCUAUUGUUGCCAUGCUUUCCACCGGUGGUGAUUCAGUCUUCUAUCGACCACAGGACAAACAUACAGAUGCCGACAAUGCGCGAAUGCAUUUUCAUUCUGGGAAUGUGGGGGAUCACAUUGCAAUGCUUAGAGUUUACAAUGCAUGGAAAGAGGCAAAUUUCUCAACACAGUGGUGUCACGAAAACUACAUACGAGUUAGAAGCAUGAGGAGAGCAAGACAUAUUCGGGAUAAGCUUGAGCAGCUCUUGGAGAAGGUCGGCAUAGAGCUCACCUCAAAUCUAGUUGAUUUGGAGCCUAUAGAGAAGGCUAUUACCACCGGUUUCUUACCUCAUUCUGCAAAGCAGCAAAUGAAUGGAUCUUAUAGAACAGUCAAAGAGCCAGAUUCACCAACUAUCCGUAUACAUCCCAACUCGGGGAUGGCACAAGUGCUCCCGACGUGGGUUGUGUAUCAUGAUUUGGUGCCCACAACCGGAGAAUAUAUGAGACAGGUAACAGAGAUCAAGCCGGAAUGGUUGGUUGAAAUAGCUCCGCAUUAUUACCGGCUGGAGUAUGUACUGGAUGUGGUUUAAAGAAGAUGCCUCUCUCUCUCUCAAAUUUGUAAUAGUUUGAUAUUGUAUCGAUUCUCAAGGAAAGGAAUGCCUCUGUCGUG